AUGCCCGUCUCCAUCCCCACAGCUAACUCCCUCCUUGAGCUUUUCAGCCUGAAAGGCCGAGUCGUUGUCGUGACCGGCGCUUCCGGUCCACGUGGCAUGGGUAUCGAAGCCGCCCGGGGCUGCGCCGAGAUGGGCGCCAACGUAGCCAUCACAUACGCCUCUCGCGCCGAGGGGGCCAAGAAGAACGUGGAGGAGUUGAUCAAGACCUAUGGGGUGAAAGCAAAAGCGUACAAAUGCGACGUGGGCGACUACAACAGCGUCGAGGGGGUCGUGCGCGAUGUGAUCGCGGAAUUCGGCCAGAUCGAUGCUUUCAUCGCCAAUGCGGGUCGUACUGCCAGCAGUGGUAUCCUGGAUGGGUCCGUCCAGGACUGGAUGGAGGUCAUUCAGACCGAUUUGACCGGGACUUUCCAUUGCGCUAAGGCCGUGGGGCCCCAUUUCAAGCAGCGGGGGAAGGGCAGCUUCAUCAUCACUUCUAGCAUGUCUGGUCAUAUUGCCAAUUUUCCCCAGGAGCAGACCUCAUAUAAUGUUGCUAAGGCGGGAUGUCUUCAUCUGGCGCGCUCGUUGGCUAAUGAGUGGAGGGACUUUGCUCGUGUGAAUAGUAUCUCCCCUGGGUAUAUUGACACGGGUCUGUCGGACUUUGUGGAUCAGAAGAUUCAGGAUCUCUGGCUGUCGAUGAUUCCUCUUGGUCGGAAUGGUGAUGCUAAGGAACUUAAGGGUGCCUAUGUCUAUCUUGCGAGCGAUGCGAGCUCCUACAUGACUGGAAAUGAUAUGCGCAUUGAUGGAGGAUACUGCGUACGGUGA